AUGUGGAUUCUCGAGCAACUCGCGCGUAUCCUCGACCGUCCGCUCUUCCCAUGGAAGAACGUGCUCGUGGGGUUCUCCCUGGGCCAGUUCCUCCUGGAAGGUGUCUUGUCAUUCCGUCAAUAUAAGGUCUUGCAAAAGACGGCCCCUCCCAAGGUUCUCGCUGGAGAGGUUUCUCAAAAUGUCUAUGAUAAAAGUCAGGCGUACGGUCGCGCCAAGUCUAAGUUCGGUCUAAUCUCGGGUCUCUACGGUCAACUGCAAAAUGUCGCUUUCGUCUACGGUGAUGUCCUUCCCAAGCUCUGGAGUAUCAGCGGCUUGUUGCUGGCACGGUACCUUCCCGGCCAGUUUCAGGGCGAGAUCUCUCAAACGCUAGUCUUCAUCUUCGGUUUCAACAUUCUGUCCACUAUUCUGUCGCUUCCCAUUUCGUAUUACAACACCUUUGUGCUCGAGGAGAAGUUCGGAUUCAACAAGCAGACACUCGGUCUCUGGGUCACUGAUAUGCUUAAGGGUCAGAUGCUAGGAAUUGUUCUCGGAGCUCCUAUCAUCAGUGCUCUCCUCAAGAUCGUGCAGAAAACCGGCAACUCGUUCUUCUACUACCUGUGGCUCUUCGGUGUCUUCGUUCAGGUUUUCGCGAUCACCAUCUACCCCAUUGUUAUCCUCCCGCUCUUCAACAAGCUAUCCCCCCUGGAGCCUGGUGAUAUCAAGACCGGCGUUGAGAACCUGGCAAAGAAGCUGAAGUUCCCCCUGUCCGAGCUUCACGUUAUCGAUGGCAGCAAGCGCAGCGCCCACAGCAACGCUUACUUCUACGGUCUGCCUUGGAAGAAGCACAUCGUUAUCUACGACACCCUGCUUGAGAAGAGCGAGCCACAAGAGGUUGUUGCUGUUCUGAGCCACGAACUUGGACACUGGAGCUUGAGCCACACCACCAAGCUUUUCGGCAUCGCGCAAUUCCACAUGUUCUACAUCUUCGCCCUGUUCUCUGUUUUCGUCAACAACAAGUCCCUGUACCAGUCCUUCGGCUUCAUCAAGGAGCAGCCCAUCAUGAUUGGAUUCCUCCUGUUCUCUGACGCCCUGGCGCCUAUGGACGCUGUUGUCAAGCUUUUAAUGAACAUCCUGAGCCGCAAGUUUGAGUUUGAAGCUGAUACUUUCGCCCAAGGCCUUGGAUUCUCUGACGAGCUUGCUUCAUCGCUGCUUAAGUUGCAGAUCCAGAACCUGAGCACCAUGGAGGCUGACUGGAUGUAUGCCAGCUACCACUACUCACACCCAAUUUUGACCGAGCGUCUUGCUGCAUUGGGCUGGAAGGGUGGUAAGGUCACUGACCUCAAGGCUGAGGACAGCGAGAAGCCUGUGAAGGCCGCUGAUCGUGAACUGUAA